AUGAGUACCGCACAGCCACCUUCCAGCUCGAGCAAGUUCUCCGGAUACAGGAGCUUUCAUCUCGGUUGUAAGACUGCCAAAUGGAGGUUCCUAUCAUGGCCACAGCCCCCUACUGCUGCGACACUGCCAACGAUAAGACAGCCAGCGAGAUUGGGAGCUGUUAUUGCUGCUCCUAAAGAGAGUGCUGAACUACCGGAACUCGUCAUGACCAUACAGAGCUUUGGAACGAUGGUCACUCCAUUCAUCACGAUUGCCCAUGAUGAGGAUCCUGCGAAAGCCGCGGCUCCGGCUCCGAAGACGUAG